AAACCAUUGUCUGACAUUUGAGAGAUGCGCGUUUAAGACUAUGAAUAAAAAUAGCAAUAAUAAAGUAAAAAAGAGUGUUAGAAUUUGCAUUAUCACAUCACCUUUCGCCAUUACCCUCCCCAACUGGCAUAUCGCGUAAACCGAUCAAUCACAUUUGAAUUUUCCCUAGGGCAUAUGAAUCACCAACUCUGAUGAAGUUGACGAAUGCGAUUGCGAUUAUGAGGUCCCUAUAUAAGCAGCGACAUUUUGAAACACUGAGUGUAGAGUUAGCUGUUCAGAUUUUGAAAGCACAGAGAACUCCGACCUCAAAGCAACAAUGCUCGCCAUCGAGAAGAUUCAUGUCAAAUUCGCCUUAGUGUCCAUAGCUAUGUCGGUGUUCGUUUUGUGUAACCCCACGGAAGCAUGGUACAAGCAAGCCACUGGCCCAAGCUACUAUUCAGUGGGCAGAGCUUCGGGUUUGCUUUCAGGAAUGCGGAGAUCACCUUACGUCAGGAGGUCCGAGUCCGAGUCCGUGCUUGAAAGCGGAGAAUCUUCAGAAAACAAUGCGGUUUCCGAAUUGGGCGACCGAAAGAACCCAUUCCUGAAAAACCUGGCAGUGUGCGUCAAAGACAUCUCGCCAAACCUGCACAGCUGCGAACUCGUCCAGGACGGCACGAGCGUGUUUCAGUGUAAAGCGGACGUGUUCCUCUCUCUCGACUCACAGAACUGUCUCAACGCCUGAACAGAGUCCCUAUUCCUUCUCAGUCAAAGCACAUCGUCUCUAACCCGAGAGAGUUCUAGCGACGAGAAGAGCGCAUUGGACCGACGACACUGAAUGUCUCUCAUUUUACAACAUAAAAGUAGCCUUCGGUAUGUGUCAGAAAUGUUCGUUCUGUUUUACCAUAGUACCCAACUACCAUGAAUAAUUGCCCUUCUGCUCUUAAAUGGGCAGCAGAUGUAUAUCAUAACUAUAAAUUAUUUGUUGCUGUGCUGAACUCCUUAAAACGGGUUGUUUUAUUGAAAUUAAAACUACGCAACUGUUCACUUUGUGUACAUUUGUAUCUAUGAUGAAUUCAAGUGCAACAUUAAAGAAAUAUUUCAUGGACUCAAUCCACGAGCCUUAAAAACAAUCACUCGUCUUGGUUCUGAUUAAAAGAUUUUCCAGCAUUUUCUGGAACAAAUAUCAUAUAUCUUGUGUCAAAAACAGAAUUAGCCUAUUCCUAUGCACAGACUUAUUUCCAGAAACGUUUUUGCAAAUGUGUUCAUCCAUUCAUUUACAACACAUACGGUAGCCUACCUAUUGGCAUUGUGAUUUAUAUAGUUUGUUUGAUGCAACUAAGAAAUUGUUGUCUGUCUAUACAAACCCAUUUCAGACUUUAAAAAAAAAUCUCAACAACAGCCUAUGUAGCCUGCUGUUGGAUUGAAAAAAUGCGUUGUAAAAAUUAAAAUAUAGCCUAUAGGGGGUUAUCUAAGCACAAACUGAAAGGGUGCCAAAACUUGCAUGUAACGUGUUCAUCUUAGUUCAUUAUUUUGAAU